AUGCUGCGCGCGCUCGGCGGGGUGCCGGACGUCGCGUCGGCGUACUGCCAGAUGCUCAGCGCAUGCAGCGGGGCACACGCGCUCAUAGGGCUGGGCCUGCUGGGCGAAAGCUGUGUGCAGGAGCUGCAGCGGCGCGGCUCGUAUGUUGCGGCCGCUGCUGAUCAAGGCCUCGCCGGCGACGACGCUGGUGGGAGGGGGAUGAGCUUUGCCGAGGCCGCGACUAAGCUCGCGGGCGCCAUCAAGCAUGGUGGCUGCUGCCUGCGCGCCGUUCUGAGCGGCGACCGGAUCAAGGGGAUGGGGAUGAUGGACGUCCCCAUGGGCGUAUUUGAAGGGAUGGGCACGAUCCUCGCGAAGGCGAUGCCAGACGCCGCGGGCGGCGCCGCCCCGUACCACGCCGGCGCUGUCGUGCCAAUCGCCCUUCUGGCAGCUCACGGGCACGCCACGCAGGCGCGCCUGCUUGCGGUUCAGUCCUUGGGCCCUGCCGCACAGGAGGUGCUCGUCCCAGGCGCUGCGCCGCAGCCCGCAGCCGCGGCUGUCCCAAUAGAGCAGGUGGCCGCUGCGGCGCAGCCGGCCCCGGCUGCGCCGGCGGCGCAGGCCGGCGCUGCCCCGCACAACACGGCUGCUGCUGCGCCGGCGUUGCUGGUGCCUGCUGCUGCUGUGAUCGCUGCUGGCGCGGGGCCCAACAGCCCAGCGCGCCGGGGCCAUGAUGCACCCAAGCCGACGGGCCACAAACCGGCAACGGCUGCCAAUGACGCUGCCGGCGCUGCGAGGCCGCAAACGGCGCGCGGGAAGCAGAAGCGGGCCCACUCGACGCCUUCAGCACGCCAAACGGGUGCGGCCGAGGUCGCUGCGGCGGCAGCGGCUGAGGCUGCUGCUGCCGCGGCAGACGACGCCCAAGCGUCCGAUGGCGGCGCGCCACCCUCGAGCGGCAAGAGGGCGCGCCGCGGCCGCUCGGCCGGGGUCCACGGCGGCGCUGCAGACACCGACGAGGCAGAGCCGGCGGUUGGGCAGGCAUCCAUCGACGACACGCUUGGCGGCGGCGACGACAACGGCGCCGAGGACAGCGAAUCGGGCGACGUGGCGGAUUCCAUCGUGGUCGCGGCUGCGGCGGCGGGCCCUGCAGCUGGGAGCGCGCCAGGGCCCCUGGGCGCGGGCGCCAGCGGCCUGGGGUCAGGCCGGAAGGCUGCCUUGGGCCGCCCUGAUUACAAGCGAGACGUCGAGACAGCAAUUCUGGAGGCGCAAGCGCUUGGCACCACCUGUGAGGACGCCGCGGAGCCCGACGUCGCGCUUGGGCUCCUGCGGUUGCAGCAGGGGCUGACGCCGUGCCCCGUCACCUUCCACGAGGAGAUCUUCACCACAGGCGCAGAGGCCGACGCGCGAACCAUCCGACACGCCAUCGAGCGGCUGCUCUCGCAGUCGUGCACCGUGAAGGUAUCGGAGUGCAAGGGCCGCGGGCCAAUCGCGCUCAAGGGCAAGCCCAGCGCACCGAGCCUUAUCAUCUACGCGAACCACCCAAAGGCCAAGAUCUACGUGGCAACCGCGUCCGCAACAGACCUGCUGGGGAAGCUGGUGCACAUGCGCGCCGCGGGCGUGACGCAGCAGAAGGCGGCCAAGGACGCCUGCUUCUGCGUCAUGAAGCAGCUGCUGCCCCACCUGCGCACUGCGCGCUACCUGCAGUACGAGGCACUAUACACCGCGCAGCCGCGCCUGGCGGGCGACGGCACGCUCCAGAUCGGCGAAGCCGGCGAUCUGAUGCGCACCUUUGGCAAAUGA